GUCCUAGUGUAUCACGCUGCCACUUGCCUCACCGGCCACGUACAUCUUGAUCCCUAGUACAGGAUGCCGGUACCCGUCACAGAGGGUUUCGCCCCGCUCAGUGUCCCGGGCGCGGGGAAGCCGUGUCAGACAUACUACAAGAUCUUCGGGGAGGUGAAGUCGGGCGUGACCCCGCUCAUCGCUCUCCAUGGCGGUCCGGGAGCAACGAUGAACUACCUGCUCUCAUUGGCCGACUUGGCCGAGCCCCCGUACGACAUUCCUGUCGUGCUAUACGACCAGGUGGGUUGUGGAGGUUCGACACUGCUGCCGGAGAAGGCCGGAGAUGUGGACUUCUGGACCGUCCAGCUCUUCGUGGACGAGUUCCAUAACCUCAUGAAACAUAUUGGAAUCGAGACUUACGAUGUCCUGGGACAUUCGUGGGGCUCGAUGUUGGGGCUGGAAAUUGCUGUGAGACAGCCAACUGGUCUCAGGAGGCUCAUUCUAUCGUCGGGUUUGGCUUCGAUGAAGCUGUGGGAGGAGGCGACGCGUAAACUCCUCAACACUCUGCCACCAGACGUUGUGGAGACCAUCAACAAACACGAGCGCGCUGGAACUUUCGACUCGCCAGAGUAUGCCGAGGCGAUGGUCGCGUACAACCAGCAAUUCGUUUGCCGACUUGACCCAUACCCACCGGAAGUAUUGGCAACGUUCAAGGCAUUGGAGGACCCAACUGUGUAUGGUACCAUGGAAGGCCCUUCGGAGUUCACCAUCACUGGGAGCCUAAAGACAUGGAAUAUCACACCUCAGUUACCAAAGAUCACUGUCCCGGUCCUCAUAACGAACGGCGCGUACGACGAGGCCGCGGACAGCGUGAUAGCACCUGUCUGGAAAGCGUUGCCUCGAGUCAAAUGGUACACCUUCCCGGACAGUUCGCACAUGGCCCAAUGGGAGGAGCGAGCGAAGUUCAUGCAGGUCAUAGCAGGUUAUGUAAAGCUAGAGUGAAACGCGUUCAUGUGGUGUUCAUGAUAUCACAAAACCAUGACUACUACUCACUUAUCAGUGUGUAUAGAGAUGCUCCUCGACGUGCCAGAGGCACGCACCUGGGACCCCUCUCGAACGUGAUACUUGGCCAAUACCCUUCCCCGCUCGCUAUCGGCAGUCCAUAACGUCAGAGGAUCACUUUCAAUACGACAUACAGUAUAUAAUACAUGUCGAGGAUACAUUCGCACCUGAUUAAUUGGUACGCCCGCAAAAUACGCGCAUGGCAUCGACGUACAGUCCAUAUGUAUGAUCCAAGCACAA